AUGUUCUCUGCAUCCACUGCUCCCGCUCUUACGUGUACCAAUAAAGAAAGUGAUGCAGCACCGUUUUGUGGUGAUGAUUCUGUUACUCGUAUGAAUAGUAUAAUUAAGCGAUUUAAUUUGAUUGAAUUACCAUUGGAAAGUGGCUUAUAUCAAAUGAUUGAUCGUUCUUCGUUAGAAGUAUUUAUUCCUUCUCGUACAUCAGAUCCAACAUUACGUGCUCAAAGUCAUAUUUAUUAUAUGUUAACAUAUUUACGGCCAAAUGAACCACAUUUAGCAUAUAACUAUUUACAUUCAAUAGAUGAUGCCGAUGAUUUGCACAUAUUAGUGGAAGGGGAUAGUGUGAAUUAUUAUUUAUUUUUUAAUGAUGGACAUGUUGAACAUAAAGUUCUAGGUCAUGAUUAUGGUACUGGUGAUGUACCAGUUGUCGCAAUCCCAGGUACAAUUGCUUCCAAAGCGCUAAAACUACGUCAUGGAAACAAUGGAUUUGCAUUCAUCGUCAGUAUUAUUACACCAGAAUGGAUAGCUGAUCGAUGCAGAAUUGGAGCCGGGCAAUUAUUUCUUGAUACAUACAUUAGAAAAGAAGAAUGGUGUACGAAAGAAUUUCUAAAAGAGUUAAUUGGACCAAACUGGAAAGACACCAAUACAACGGACAAUCGACAGUCGCAUUCAUCUGCUGCUGAUUAG